AUGUUGAAAACAAAACCAACAUCAAUAUUAAAAAAGAAAAAUGAUGAUGUCGAUCAAAUAGAUUCUGAUAUAUCAUUCGAUAAAUAUUAUCAAGAUGACGAUCUCAUGUCAUCAUCAUCAUCAACAACAUCAAAAUCAUCUCCGACAGGAUUAUUAGCACCAAAGAGAAUGUUUAUUAAAAGACCAACAAUAAAAAAAGAUGAACUCAAAUCUGGAGAUGAAAUGAAAUUAGCAUCAUCUGAUGAUAAUGAUCCUUUAAAGUCAGAAAUAAAAAGACCAUUAAAUCCAUUAACAAAACCAGAUAAACAAUAUAGUUUGGUUGGUGAUUCGCUUGGGAGUACUAUGCCGGGUGAAAAUAGAAAAGAUGAAACACCAUUAUCCACAAUGAAAUUUGGUUCUGAUACACUCGAUGAAGAACAAGAAAAAGCAGAAUUUUUUCGAAAUUUUGAAAAAACAAAUGGUGAAAAAAAAAUUGAUUAUGGUAUAUUAAAUCAACAAAUUGAACUCGAUUUAUCACCAACACGAAAUGGAACAGUGAUAAAUUCAUUUGAUAAACAAAUUAAUCAAAUGAGUACACCGCUUCAUCAUCAACCGAACAAUAAUACUGUUAAAGAAUCUUUAUCAAAUGAACUUGAUCGUGAAAUCGAACACGAAGAGCAGAAAAUGAAUGCAACAACAACGAUUAAACAUGUUACUAUUGCUGAGCCUCCAAUUCGUCCAUCAGCAUCAGUCGAUGAUUUUAGUCGAACAACUAAAACAGUAUCAGAUCAACUUUCAACAACAAGCGAGAUGACACGUGAUUUAAAUAUGUUACAUAAUGCUUAUAAACAAAAUCUCAAGUCUACACCAACAACACGUACAUCAAGAACUCAUACAGUUGAUUCAAAUAAGAAAAUACAACAACAAAAACCAAUAAGAUCACCAAGUGCUGUUUCUCGACCAAAAACUGCACCAACACCAAUUCCAACACCAAAAGAAAAUAAAAAUAAUGAUUCAGCAUUAAUUGAACAGUUAAAAUAUGAAAAAGAAUCAUUAAUAAAUAAAAUAGAAUCAUUAGAAAAAAAUUACGAAGAACAAUUGCGUAGUAUUCGACAACAAAAUUUUACUCUUCAAGCAAAAAUAACACAAUUAACAUCAACAACUGGUGAUGGAAAAAAUGAAUCUAUACCACCAAAACAACGUGAAGUAAAUGAAUUAGAAAAAUUAAUUGAUGGUUAUCAAAUUGAAAAUGAAAAACUUUGUAAACAAAUUAAACAAAUUGAACAACAACAUAAACAAAUUGAACAAUCAAUGUUUGAUGAAAAUGAAAAACUUCGUCAAGAAUUAAUACAUACAAAAAUGCUUUUGGAACAAUUUCAAAAUUCACAUGUAGGAACAAUUAAAAAACAAUCAUCAACAAUUAUUUUAACAAAUCUAGUUAAUAAUGAUAAUGAUAAAAAUAAUACUUUCAAUGAAAAUCAACAAUUAAAAAAUGAAAUAAUUGUUUUAAAAAAUAAACUAACAGUAGCAUUAAAUAAAGAAUAUAAAAAUGAAAAUGAUGAUACUAUACGUUCAUUAGAUCAAAGACGUAUUAAAGAUCUUGAAAGACAAGUUAAAGAAUUAGAAUUAAUCAAUCGUCGUCGUCAACAAAAUUCAACAACUCAAGUAGGAAUGGUAUUAAAUCCUUUAGAUGAUAGAAAUCAAUUAGAAAUAAAAUUAAAUAAAGCUGAAGAAGCAUUACGUGAACGACAAAUAUCUGAAGAAAAACUUAUACAUGAAUUAAAUGUACUUGAAGAACAAUAUUCAUUAAUGAAACAAAUGUUAACUAAAAAUAAUGGACAACAAAUAAUAAAUAAUGAACAAAUUGAAAAACAAUUUCAUGAUGUAUUAAAUAAAAAUAAAACUUUAUCUGGACAAAUUCAUUUAAGACGUGAAAAUGAACGUUUAAAAAAUGAAUUAGAAAAAUUAAAAGUAGAACAAAUACCAAAACCAGCUAAAUCUUUAAAACGUGAUUUAGAAACAAUUAAAUUAUUACGUUCAGAUCUUGAACGAAAAAAUGAUGAAUUAGAAAAACUUCGUGCUUUAUAUGAUGCUGUUACUGUUCAACAUAAAAGUCUUCUAGCUGAACGUGAACGUGAAAAAACUCGUUUAGCAAUCAUGGGUAAUAAACCAUACCAACCAGAUCGAUUUACACAAGUUUUAUCGUCUGUUGAUACAGUUCGUGCAGAAAAUGAACAACUUAAACAUUUGGUAGAAAAAUUAGAACAUGAUUCUCAACAACAAUAUAGUGAAUUAAUGAAUUUAAGAGAUGAUCGACAAGCAGCUAUUGCAUUAGCAAUUCGUGAAAAAGAUGAAGAAAUUUUACGUCUACGUCAACAACAUAAAUUAGAAUUACAAACAAUUAUUAAUGAAAUGUCAACUAAUACAACUGAAACUCGUGUUAGUGAUCUUCUACGAAAAAUUGAAUUACAAGAUGCAACUAUUAUACAUCUUAAAAAAUUAACUGAAAAUGCUGAUGAAAAUGCUCGAGAAUUAGCAAUAUUACGUGUUCGUGAUGAUGAAUUAAAAUCUACUAUUCAUCGACUUGAACAAGAACUAGCUGAUGCUCGAACUUAUCAUACACCUGAAAUGAAACAUUUUCAAGAACUUCAAAAUAAAAUAAAUCAAUUAGAACAACGUUGGUAUAAACGUGAUAAAAUAACUAAAGAUUAUACAAAUAGUUUAAUUAAACAACAUGAUUUAGAUACAAAUAAUGAUGUUAAUAAAUUACGUGCGAUUAUUAAACAAAAAAAUCAAGAAAUUGAACGAUUUCAUAUUGAACUUGAUUCAAUGUUAGAAUUAUUAAAAACUCUUAAAUUUCAACAAUUAUUAUAUAAUCAAUAG